CACUAUCUCCAUUUCCAAACAGCAUGCUUUGAGCAUAGGGCUUUAGACCGAGGAAGAUUACAUGAAGCUCAAAACCCUCUUCCAUUUCGCCAAAUAGUAAACUUUCCUUCUCUACAGCAAGCAAUGGCCUCCUUUGCAGCCGCCAGAUCCAUUUUCCGUUCGACAUCGGCUCGCAGCGCCGCGGCUCGUGUGGCUUCCCAAGCAAAACCUGCUCGCUCUCCCUUUCGCGCUCCCGCCAAAAGCCCUUCCUCGUGCUAUUCCAGGUGUCCAGUUGAAAUGAGCUUCUGCGUGGAAUCCAUGCUGCCGUAUCACACUGCGACUUCUUCAGCAUUGAUGACUUCCAUGCUUUCCAUCACUCGCCGCAGUUAUGGAUGGCUCCCUGAAGGUCAUGAGGACAUGUGUAAAAAUAUUUGACAAUUUUGCUCUAAUAAAGACCAUGUGAUGUUAGCUACUACUUCUUGCCAACCAUGAUAUCGUCAAAUUAAGGUGAACUUUGUUUUAGACUUAAUUUUCUCAAGUUAGAAGCGCAGCAGCAAACAGCAAAAGUUUGUUAUGUUGUGGAUAUCUCUGAUAAACUAUGCAUAUGUACUUUUAUCGAAAGAAACUUAUUAUGUGUAUGCAUAUAUAUAUCCAUUUUGGUUAUGAAUUUGAGACACGACAGUUUUACCUUAGCAAGUAAUAAUAGUAUCACCAUCUAAUACAGAAUUGCCUUGUAUUAUUGUUUCUUUUCUAAUUUCACAAGCAGAUGGUAGAAGAGGUGAAUUCCAUAAAUAUGCUUCAUUAUAAUU